AUUGGUGGCGGGCAUGCCCGCGCGCGUGCGCUCUACUAGCGCGCGGCCGGCUUUAUAGGAGCGCGGCGGCGCCGGCGCCGGGUCUUACCGGUGGGGGCCCGCGGUAUGGCGGUGCUGCCGGUACUGCCGGUGUUGCUGGUGCUGCCGGUGCUGCCGCUGCCGGUGCCGCCGCUCCCGUCAGAGAACGCAUCCCUGUCCGGCUGCCCCCCGGGCCUGUUCCAGUGCAAGCCCGGCGACGUCUGCUUCCGCCUGGAGUGGCUCUGCGAUGGGCACCCCGACUGCGAGGACGAGGGGGACGAGCAGGACUGCGGGACGGACACCCCGGCGGAGCCGAGCCCUGACGGCUUUCGGGUGACCCCGCCGCGGAGCUCGGCGGUGCUGCCCACCGGCAGCGCAGAGGCUUCAGUUACGCCUAUGCCUGGGGGCUCUGUGCCAUCGAGGAAUCAAGGCCGCAGGUGGAUCUUGAUUAUUGCAGUGCUCCUGAGCAUCUUGGUAGCUGUGGGUUCUAUUCCUGUGUGGAGCCUGUCCAAAGCAAAAAGCAGAUCUGACAUCUUCAGUCUUGAAAAAGCAUCCAGGGAACAGCUGAUGCCUGACAAGAGCCAGACAGGCUCAUUUCCCUGAAUGGUCUUUACCAUGAGGUGAGAAGGUGGGACUAGCCUGGUCUCCCUACUGCUCACCACAGAGGCUGACUGAAUUGGACAUAAGCUCUCAAAUCUGGGUUAUUACACUGGAAUAACAAGAGGAUGCUCCCCUUGGAAAUGGGUCUUAGAUUUUGGGACUACUUUGGCUCUGGAAAUAGCACAGGACCUACCCUGGCGCUGUGAAAUCACCCGUCACAAAGGUGGUAGAAAUUUCUUCAUUGUUCUUGCCUCCAGGCGUUGUUAAUGCUAAUUCUCACCAGUGUGGCCUUGGGCCCAAAGAUUUUAUUCUCCAUGAAAUGACAGAUGCUAGGUGCUAUUCAACUGUUUCCUUCCACUUCCAGCCAAGAGACUUUUUUCACUUGCCCCAUUCUUCCCCGUGGAUUUUGUCAGGGAAUAGGGGCUUUCUCAUCUGUUUCAGUAGGAGCUCACUAACUCCGCACAGAUCAGAUGUAUACUCCAUGUUUGCGCCAGUGUUUUGAUGCUGCCCAGUCUGACGUACAGGAAGCUUUUACUGACAGGUCAACCACAGGGGUGAAAGUUAAAAAGCUUCCUGUCUGCUCUGGCUUUGCUGCGCUGCUACCUGGAGUCAGCGUGGGGCAAGCAGCUUCUCAGCACACUCCCUUCCAGCAAGGAUCUCCGCCCUUUGCAGAACUGCACUUUCCACCCCAGUGCUGAAUCCUGGAUGUUGCUUCUCUUAAAACUGUUAAUGGUGUCUUCCUUAAAACUGUUUUGACAUGAGUGGUGUCCCUCAAGGGUCUGUACUGGGACCAAUGCUAUUUAAUAUCUUCAUCAGUGGCAUGUAUAGUGGGAUUGAGUGGACCCUCAGCAAGUCUGCAGAUGACACCAACCUGAGUGGUGCAGUUGACUCAUUUGGGGGAGGGGAUGCCAUCCAGAGGGACCUUCAGGCUGGAGGAGUGGGCCCGUGUGAACCCCAUGAAGUUCAACAAGGCCAAGUGCAAGGUCCUGCACCUGGGUCAGGGCAAUCCCUGGAGAAGAGAAGGCUCCAGUGAGACUUUAUUGUGUCUUUUCAAUAUACAAAGGAAGCUUGUAAGAAAGAUGGAGAGAGGCUUUCUACCAAGGCCUGUAGUGACAGGACAAGGGGCGACAGUUAUAAACUGAAAGAGGGUAGAUUUAGAUUGGACAUAGGGAAGAAAUGUUUUACGAUGAGGGUGGUGAAACACUGGAACAGGUUGCCCAGAGAAGUUUUGGGUGCUCCAUCAUUGGAAGUGUUCAAGGUCAGGUUGGACGGGGCUGUGAGCAACCUGAUCUAGCAAAGAUGUCUCUGCCCAUGGCAAGGGGAUUGGAAAUAGAUGAUCUUUAAAGGUCCCUUCCAACCCAAACAAUUCUGUGUUUCUACUGAGGUUUUGAGUGUUUGGCUUUUUUUUUUUUUUUUUUUUCUCCCAGCUUGAAAUAACUCAUGUCUUGGAUCAAACACUGUCUGUGCAUUGUGACGUGUGUAGCUUUUUCCGAACAGCUGAGUGCUGUACACUUUUCAGAAGAACUGGCAGCCCAGGGAGGAAAUCACUGACCAGUGCCUCUAGUUCAGUGUUGACCACAUACUCCUUGCACAAGUGUUCACUAAGUGCAAAGAAGAUAGAAAGCUGCUGCCUAGGCUGCUGAUCUCUGUGCCUUAAAGGUGAGAACUUGGCUUGCCAAGCAGACACCGGUCAUCAGCCUUAGAGCAGGAGUCUUCCACUCCUGGACAGUGUGUGUGUGCUGCUAUACCCCACAGGAGAAACUUCUAUAUGUGGUAUGGAGUACUGAGUUAUUCCAAGAAGUUAUUUGCAAGGGUGCACACAACGUUGCUUCUGUUUCCACAGGGACAAGUGGAAAUAACUGUUGGUGAAUGACACAGGGGAAUAAAGAACUUGAAACUAA